AAGGCAGCGGAAGAUCGACAAAGCACUUUGGAAAAUCAGAAAGCGCUGAAGGUUGCGAUACAGCAGAAAGGUGCAGACCCUUCUGCUGAUGCAGGUGAGGUAGAGAAAGAAGCGGAGAUUGAAACUCAGCAAAUCAGGAGUGAGCUGGCCUCGAUUGAGGAGAAAUGCCAACAACUUCGCAAGAAGCUGAAAGACGUGGCAAAACAUGGUGAUGAGGAAGUGGAUAAACUUGAGCUGACACUUCAGAACGCUCGCGACGAUUUGGAAAGGAGUUUUACCCAAGCAGCAGAUGUACAACGAGCAGAGGUCACCACCAUUGAGAACAAGGUGAAGGCUGAACGGCAAAGACUCAACAUCGAGACUGCGAGCCGCAACACCUGCCGGGAAUGCAUUGAAGAACUACGCCAAAGCUUGUUAAAAGCAAAGACUGCGCCAUCAUUGCCAAGCUCUCCUGUGGGCAGCCCGGUCAGCACUCUUCUGACGGAUGAAAUCCGACGUAUUCAACAGCAGGCCAUCACGGUGGAACAACAACUUCAGGAAAGAAGUGCAGAGCUGAUUGGACUGAAGCAACAGCAGAUGGAUGUGAAGGUGCAGGCUGAUGAUGAAGCUUUGCAG